AUGGAGUAUAUUCGGCCUAAUCAUCUCUAUUCGCGCAUAUUGGACAACAUUCCCUGGAAGUCCGCAGAUCCAUCAGUGAAAGGCGAUCCACGGAAAAGUGUCAAGUGGAUUGACGGCCUCCGAGGAAUCGCCUCAGUCUUAGUUAUCCUCACCCACCUUGCCCGAGGAUGGGAUUAUAACCUCUUCUCCCCUCGCGACGAUUUCGACCUCCCUCCCCGAUUUCUGCAGUGGCCCGUCUUCCGUAUUCCUUGGCAGGGCCGUUUGGGUGUCACGAUCUUCGCCUUCUUGACCGGCUACGUUUGCGCUCUUAAACCACUCAAGCAGCGCCGCAAUGGAGAUCUUCUUGGAGCCUUUACAUCCGUUGGCAAGAGUGCCUUCCGCCGCCCACCUCGUCUUAUAUUCCCGGCUACCAUUGCCUUAAUCAUAUCAUGGGUCAUGGCACAGUGUGGUGCCUUCGUCGCCGCUAACCGCUCCGACUGUUGGUGGUGUCGUUACGCAGCCGUUGAUCUGAUGCCUACUCUCUGGGAGGAGUUUAUCCGUUUGUUCAAGACCUUCCUUGAGGUUUGGACUACAGGCUACAUGGCCUACGAUGAUCACCAGUGGGCUUUGCUGCCGCUGCUCAACGCAUCUAUGUUGAUUUACGUCCUGAUCUGCGCAGUUAUGUUCGUCAAGUUCCGAUUCCGUCUGGUCAUCUACCUGGGUCUGUAUCUAUACUUCCACCAGAACCCAGCCAAAACCACCGAAACCUUCCAAAUGCAGGCAGUUUACGGCAUGUUCCUCAGCGAUCUCUCAUAUGAGAACGGUUUCAAAGAAUUCGUCGAACGCCACCGUUGGGGCCGGAAGAUCGUAGCAAUUACCCUUCUCUGCACCGGCCUCUUCGUCUGCUCCUACCCCGGAGAACACCCAGAAUGGUCCACAUGGUCCAGCUACAUGGAGAAGGCCUCACACUACAUCUUCCCCCCUGAGGUCAACGUCGGUAGACGCUACUCCGCCCUGGGUGUCGACCUCAUCAUUUUCGCCAUCUACAUCUCACCCUCCACCAAGGAGUUCCUCUCCAGCCGUCUCUUCCUCUGGUUCGGCAAGCAGAGUUUCGCCGUAUACCUCGUGCACGGCACUCUCCUUCGCACCGUUCUGUGCUGGAUGCUCUACGGAAUUACCGGCCAGCCCUGGGAGGGUGCGCCAGUCGAUGAGAAGGGUAACCCGCUCUACGGCGAUGAUGGCAAGCCCCUCGAACCCCACUGGAUCCCCAUCCGUGCCCCCUGGGUCGUGGCUAUCAGUAUCCCUUGUUGGGUCGUGCUGGUCUACUUCUGUGCCUAUUUGUGGACUGGAUAUGUUGACCCCUUCUGUGCACGUAUGACCCAGAAAUUGGAGAAGUGGGUAUUCGAGGAAGAUGAGAAGGCCCCCGAUUCCCUGCCUUUGACUAGCAUCCCCAUGGCGACUGUAUAA